AUGGCCUCAACAAGCCCAAACCCACCCGGCAACAUCACCAGCGUCGUGGUUUCGCCCGACCCUCCCUCAGUCCCGGCUCCGGCCCUACCGGAGCUCAGCAGAGGCACGUGGAGCAAGCGCUACGGCCGCUACGACUUUGAAAGGUUCGAUCACAUCAACCACAGGGACGCGCUGGUGGGCGGCGCGUCCAUCGGCAACGUGCAAGUCGACUGCAACCUGCUCUUCGCCGAGUCGCAGUGGGGCUUGCUGGAGGAGGCCGACGCCGGCAUCGUCUACAUCGAUUUUCACAUCCAGCAGCCCGCCGACUACAGGCUGGACUGGGCGAGGAUAGAAAUCACCCUCGAGGACGUCCGCGAGGUGCACCAUGGCCUCCCCGCUCAGAUCACGCAGUACUACGGCCCGCGCCGCGUCGUCGGUCCCGAGAGCACCAAGACCAAGCUGGAGCGCCUCAGUGUCGAGCCGAGGCUUGAGAUGAUGGGAGCUGGAGGCGGGCUGGGGGGCAAGGAGUUCGAGACCACGUUCGAGGUGCCGUGCAGGUGGGAGUUUACUGGCGCGAGGGUGUGUCGGGACGAGAAGGGCAGGAAGGUCUUUACCGGCCUGCACAGGACGCUGGAGUGGAACCUGAAGGAGAACGAGCUGGACCCCGGGCAGCAGAACCUCGUCAAGACGGCGUUUGCGUUUGCGCGCCGAGGGGAAGCCUUUCUGAUGAAGAUCAAGGUCCGUGGCGGGUUGAAGGGGACGUUGAAUAAGAUCAAGGCAAAGUUCUCGCAUAAGAAGGGUUCCAAGGGCGGCACGUCGACCACCAGGAUCGGGCCGCACAGUGGCCCAAAGCGAUCUCUGGACAGCCUGGCCAGCGGCCUAGACAAGGCCAUGGAGAUGAAGAACCAGCAGCUUACUGCGCUGGAGCUGCCUCGGCCACAACCUGCGACUUUCUGCCAGCUUGUUGCUCCACAAGUAGCAACGGCAAGUAGUAGCCCGAGUAGCCACCAGGACGCGCAGACCGUCGCUCCAACCCCUGCUGCUCUUCCGUCGUCUUCCAGGCCGCAGGCAAUCCUCCCGUCCGUGCCGGCUCCUGUACAGAUCGCAGCAGUGCCGCCGCCCUUGACAGCACCAGCCACCUCGCAGGACCGAACGCAGCCGACGCUGGAGAACCUGAGCGCGAUGGCGGAGCUGUUUAUGCGUCCAAGCCUCGACAAAAUACGGCAGGAAAUAAGCCUGCAAACAGCCACGAAUCCUCCAUUUACAGUGGCGACCAUCCCGAGCGACACUUGCAGCACCGUAUCGAUCCCAAGCGUCACGGUUGUAGCCACCCCGGAGACAGAGACGACCUCCGCUCCUACCACUGCAACGUUAGUCGAGGAGGCCGCAGCACCUGAACCCGUCGUUGUUGUUGGCCAAGGAACUGUGGCACCUGCGGACGAUGAAGUCGCCAUACUUCAGGAGGCCCUGUCGAAACGAAUGCAAAAGCUCAGAGGCGCCUUGCUCUGGAUGAUGCUCCACCCUCCAAGCCUCGGCAGCAACCAUGACGAUAGCAUUGGUGUUCCCCGUCGGCAGGUCCGGGUGCAUGCUGGCGUCGACGACGUACAGGUUCUCCAUGCCGUGCACCCUGGCGUCGGGGCCGACCACAGACGAGGCCUUGUCCUCGCCCAUGGCCGCAGUGCCGACAAAGUGGUUCCCGGGCUCGAUCUUGUCGAGCACCGCAGUGGCGUUGGUGUAGCCCUUGAGCUGCCAUCCGGGGUAGGCCUUGACGGCGGCGGCCGUCUCCUCGAUGAAGGCCAGCGCGGCCCUGCGGUCCGCCUCGUCGACCAGAUAAGGCUUCUGCCUGAACACCAUCUUGCCGGAGCCGUCGAUGCCGACGGAUCCCUUGGACGUCAGGCCGUGCGUCAGGUACGCCUUGAUGCCGAACAGGCCGGGCCCGCCGGGCGAGCACGAGCCCUGGAUGUACCGCGUGCGGUUGUCGCCGCCCGCCCGGUUGGACGUCCAGAAGAUGAGCUUGUGCAUGCCCUGCGUCAGCUCGCCCGACGACCCGUCGUUGUACAGCGAGAUGUCCGACGCGGCGGACGAGGCGCCAAAGGCGGCGGCGGAGGCGUUGAAGGCGCCAAACGUCUCGUUGGUCUGGAUGUUGAGGGUGAAGAUGGAGUGGUCGCGGAUGGUGCGGCCGACGGGCAGGUCGACCCACUGGUCACGGGCGGGGAGCUCGACGCCGCUCGUGCCGUUCUGGAUGAUGCGCAGCUGGUCCUCGGGGCCGAUGCCCGAGUUGAGCAGCACGCGCGGGGUGCCCCAGGUGCCGGCGGCCAGGAUCACCUUGCCGCCCUCGGCGAGGCGGAAGCGUGUCUUGCUGCUGCUGCUGCUGCUGCCGCUGCUGCCGCUGCCGCCGUCCACCUCGACGCCCGUGACCUUGCCGCCCUCGCGGAGCAGGCGCGACACGGUGGCGUUGAGCCGCAUGCUGAAGCCGCGUUGCUGGCGCGCGACCGGGAGGUAGCUGGCCAGCGACCCGGCGCGCUUCUGGUUGCCGAUGUUCCAGUUCGGGUACGAGUAGGCCUCGUGCUUCUCGUCGGGCUGCUCGGUCUGGCUGACGGCCUUCCAGCCGCGCGAGGCCAGGAACCCGCUGCCCAGGGCGUCGUACAGCCCAAAGUCGUAGCGGCGGCCGUCGGCCGACGGGACCGACGAGCCGGGGUUGACGGCGUAGACGCGGUCCGCGGCCGGCUUGACGUCGUCCCACUUCCAGCCGCGGGGCCAGCCGUCGUCAAAGUCGCGGGCGGGCGGGUGGACGUAGACGAGGUAGUUGAAGGAGCCGGCGCCCCCGAGCACGCAGGCCGACACGCCCUCGGUGUCUGGGCACAUGUACUUGGAAAAGAGGCCGAGGUCGCGCACGGCCGGGGCCAGGCCGGGCACGUCGGUCGGGGUGAGCGUGUCGUUCCACGCGAGCACGUUCUCGGCCCCCGUCGCCACCGUGGGGCCGACGCCGCGCUCCAGGAGGAGCACGUGCUUGCCGGUCUGGGCGAGCCGCGUAGCCGCGAUGAUGCCGGCCUGGCCGCCACCCACGACGAUGUGGUCGUAGGUCUGCUUGGCGGCGCAAGAACUGUUGCCGGCGGCCGUGACGGCGGCGAUGGCGCACGCCAGGCUGGAGAGCAGGGUCGUCCUCAUGAUGUUGGCUGGUGUUGGUGUGGUCUGGUCUGGUGUGGUCCGGUCUGGUGUGGUCCGGUCUGGUCUAGUGAGUUAUCCGUCUAA